CGCUCGUUUCAAAGACAUACUUUGGUCACAGUUGGUUGUAGUAUCUUUGGUUAUGUGUGUCUACCGUCUGCAAUUCUGUUUUGUUACUUUCGUUUGUGUGCCGAAGAUGGAUGCAUGUUGAUGCAUUGUGUUUAUUUUACAGAAUUUCGAAUCAGACAGUAGAAGAUGGAUUUCCAGAACCGACCCGGUGGGAAGACCGGAGGAGGUGGUCAAGCAUCAUGGUCAGAAAGUAAUCGUGACCGUCGUGAAAGGCUUCGUCAGUUGGCCCUUGAGACCAUUGAUCUCAAUAAGGAUCCUUAUUUUAUGAAAAAUCAUCUUGGGUCAUAUGAGUGUAAACUUUGCCUCACACUGCAUAACAAUGAAGGGAGCUAUUUGGCACACACACAGGGAAAGAAGCAUCAGGCAAAUUUGGCUCGUCGCGCUGCUAAAGAAGCAAAGGAGUCACCACAACAGCCUGCACCUGAAAAACCAAGAGUUGAACCCAAGAAGUUUGUGAAGAUUGGUCGUCCUGGUUACCGUGUGACAAAGCAACGGGAUCCCGAAACAGGGCAGCAGAGUUUACUGUUUCAAAUAGAUUAUCCUGAAAUUGCAGAAGGUGUUCUUCCUCGGCAUCGUUUCAUGUCUGCAUAUGAACAGAAGGUUGAACCUCCAGACAGAAAGUGGCAAUAUCUUCUAUUUGCAGCUGAACCAUAUGAAACAAUAGCAUUUAAGGUCCCAAGCCGUGAAGUGGAAAAGACAGAGGGAAAAUUCUGGACACACUGGAAUAAAGACACAAAACAGUUCUUUUUGCAGUUUGCAUUUAAAAAUGAGCAAAAGCCGGUGGCUAAAGUCCCAGUGCCUGCUGUGCCAGGCCCACCGCCCCCAGUGUCUGGAGUGGGUGUGGGGAUGCUUGCUGUGCACCCACCUCCCAACUUAGUGCCACCUCCAGUCCCACCUCCUCCACCAGUCGUUCAGCCGCCGCCGCCACCUCGAAAUCUCGUGCCUCCGCCGGGGAUGCCCCCUGCUCCUCCUGUUUUCAAUCCAGUACCUCCACCUCCCCCUAAAUCUGUAUCUAUAAUUCCUCCUCCCCCUCCUAAGAUUGCUUAAACUUGACAUAAACUGCCUGUCUUGGUCAUCUCAAAAAGACUUUCAGAAUAAUUUGAUUGUUAACAGGACACAGAACUUGCACACACUUAUUGUUGCCUUACAGUGUAUAUACACAGUCAAAAAAAUUGAAUGUAUCUCAGUGACAGAAAUUGAGAUUUAAUAUUCUUCACAUUUUCAAAAUAAUAAAGAUUUUUUUAAUACAA